CCUCCCUCCCUCCCCCCUCCCUCCACCACCACCUCUCCCCGCGCCUGGCUCUCGGUAUGGCGGACGGCGAGAGGUCCCCGUUACUCUCGGAUCUGGGAGAUGGUGGUCUGGGCAGCGGUAACGGCGGCGGGGUGUCUCCCGGUGCGGCGCCCUACGGCGCGCCCAACAAGCCCCAGAGCUUCCCUCCGUUCCCCAGCCCCCCCCAGCCCUCGGUGCUCCUGGGGGAGGACCCCCCGCCCUACUCCCCCCUCACCUCCCCGGAGAGCGGCAGUGCGCCGGUCAUCAGCUGCAGGGUCUGCCAGAGCCUGAUCUCCGUGGAGGGGAAGAUCCACCAACACGUGGUGAAGUGCGGGGUCUGCAACGAAGCCACGCCCAUUAAGAACGCCCCGGCGGGGAAGAAGUACGUCCGCUGCCCCUGCAACUGCCUGCUCAUCUGCAAAGUCACGUCCCAGAGGAUCGCCUGUCCCCGGCCCUACUGUAAGAGGAUCAUUAAUCUGGGUCCAGUUCAUCCGGGUCCGGCCAGUCCUGACCCGCAGCCGGCCGGGGCCCGGGUCUCCUGUGGUCACUGCAGCAACACCUUCCUGUGGACGGAGUUCACCGACCGGACGCUGGCCCGCUGCCCGCACUGCAGGAAAGUCUCCUCCAUUGGCCAGAGGUAUCCCCGGAGGCGGAGCUUGUGGUGUUUUCUACUCUGCUUGCUGUUCAGCGUCUCCACCGCCGGGCUGAUGGCUGGGACGUGGGCGUCGGCUCAGAGCUUCCAGGGGAUCUACGCCUCGUGGGCCGCGCUGCUGCUGCUGGUUCUGGUCUCGUUGGCCCGGGCCUUCUACUGGGCCUGCAUGAGGGUCAGCCAGCCCCUCCAGAACUUCACAUAGAGACCCUCCUCCUCCUCCUCCUCCUCCUCCUCAGGCAGGAGGAAAGAUGGCUUUAAAGAAGACACACACACACACACACUCCCUCCUUCAUCCUGAUUUGACCGUUUUGGUUUCGUGUUUUUAUCAUUCUUUUAUUUUUUUAAAUGUCUCAAAACGAAGAAGACGAAAAAAAGUGAAGAGCGGCGAUGACGUCGGAUAAAGUGCCCCCCCAUACACAUACAUACACACACAUACACACACACACACUCACAUACACACACACACACACACACACACACACACGUUACAUUCUCACUCACGACUUCCUCGUCUGAUCAAAUUUCUUUCCUGAUGAACUUUGUGGAUCUUUUUGUCUUGAUUUGUAAAAAUAUAUUUGUUGUUGUUGUUGUUGUUUCCGCAGAUGUUUUUUUUUGUUAAAGUAGGUUAUUUCCAUAAUUUAAUGAUUUGGAUGAUGAACUUCUCAGAGACCUGAUGAGCCUCCGGACGCCGUGUCGGAGGUCAGCUCCUUCCCCACCGACACAUCCUGACCAAUCACAAGCUCUCUCUCUCUCUCUCUCUCUCUCUCUCUCUCCCACACACACACACACACACCCAGCACCUUAUACAGUACUGAGCCACCCUGCAUUCACACCCAGUGAGGCGAGGCGCCGUCGCCCUGCCAGACUGAGCUGAGGGCCCAGCGCUCCGCGAGCUGUUUGUUUAUUUAUUGUGACAUAAUUCAAGUCCUAAAAUCCUUUAUCGUGUCUGUGAUGAGAAUAUAACUUUGUAACCGGAUCAAUAACUUUCAUGUGUUUCUUUCUUUAUUGUUCCUGAUUUAUUUCAUUGAUCGAUCCUCCAGUUUAUGAUCAAUACUUUAAUUAGUUCAUAAAUAAGGUUGGAGGACACAAUCGACACAACUUGUUAAAAGAAGAUCUGUUUUAUUGUUUUAUUGUUUUAUUUGUUUGCAGUGUCGUGAUCGUGAUUCAAUCAUUAACAAAUCGAUCAUGUUAUAGCCAAUAAUCAAUACCCGGCUGACGCUCGCCUCAGUUUUGUUUACACGCAAAUAAAGACGUGAUGAAGAUGACGAUGAAGAUGA